UGCUCUCCGUUAUGGCAACGGAACCGCCAUCCCCUCUCCGGCUCGAGGCGCCCGGCCCCCCAGAAAUGCGGACCCCACCGGCCAGCGAGGCCGCCCCCGAGGGCACCCAGCAGCCGGCGGGCGGGAGGCUCCGCUUCCUCAACGGCUGCGUGCCGCUCUCGCAUCAGGUGGCCGGGCACAUGUACGGGAAGGACAAAGUGGGUAUACUGCAGCAUCCAGAUGGCACAGUUUUAAAACAGUUACAACCACCUCCAAGGGGCCCAAGAGAGCUGGAAUUCUAUAAUAUGGUGUAUGCUGCUGAUUGUAGUGACAGUGUUCUUCUAGAACUACGAAAAUAUUUGCCAAAAUAUUAUGGCAUUUGGUCACCUCCCACUGCACCAAAUGAUUUAUACCUAAAACUGGAAGAUGUGACCCACAAAUUUAAUAAGCCCUGUAUAAUGGAUGUAAAAAUAGGGCAAAAAAGCUAUGAUCCAUUUGCAUCGUCUGAGAAGAUUCAGCAACAGGUCAGCAAGUACCCAUUAAUGGAAGAAAUUGGAUUCCUGGUGCUUGGCAUGAGGGUUUAUCAUGUUCAUUCUGAUAGCUAUGAGACACAGAACCAGCACUAUGGAAGAAACUUAACAAAAGAAACUAUAAAGGAUGGAGUCUCCAAGUUUUUUCAUAAUGGGUUGUGCUUAAGAAAAGAUGCUGUUGCUGCCAGUAUUCAGAAGAUUGAGAAAAUUCUUCAGUGGUUUGAAAGCCAGAAGCAGCUUAACUUUUAUGCAAGUUCAUUACUGUUUGUUUAUGAAGGUUCAUCUCAGAUAGCCACUACAAAAUCGAAUGACAGAACUUUGGCAGAAAAGUUUUUGUCCAAAGGACAACUGUCAGAUACCGAAGUACUGGAGUACAACAAUAACUUUCAUGUGUUAAGUUCCCCAGUGAAUGGAAGAAUAGAGGCUUCUGUAGGCAAAAGCUUAUCCAAGAUAUAUGCUCGACACAGAAAAAUGUAUUCAAAAAAGCAUCACAGUCAGACUUCCUUGAAAGUUGAAAAUAUAGAGCAAGACAAUGGGUGGAAAAGCACGUCACAGGAGCAUUUAAACGGAAAUGUACUUUCCCAACUGGAAAAAGUUUUCUACCAUCUUCCCACUGGUUGCCAAGAGAUUGCAGAAGUAGAAGUGCGAAUGAUAGAUUUUGCUCAUGUGUUUCCUAGCAACGCAAUAGAUGAGGGAUAUGUUUAUGGGCUAAAGCAUUUAAUCACUGUACUUCGAAGUGUUUUAGACAAUUGACUCCUUUGCUGCAGUCUUUUUAAGGGGUGGGUUGAUCACAAUGAAGAGCAGCAGUUGUUAUAGCUGCCCCUCUAAUGCUGUGUAAAAAGUUUGUAUUGUGUGUUGACAUUUUAUUUGUCUUUAUACUUUUGGUAGAAAGGUUAACUUUUUUAUAAUCUUACUCAGGAAAACUAAUUUGUUCAUUAGAAAACUAUGAAGAAAAAGACACUUAGAAGUGAAGUGUUCAGCAGGGAAUGUGGUGGUACAUGGCAUAAACACCUUUUUGGCUCAAGCAAAAUGGAAAUCAUUCUUUAGUCAUUAAGAGUUUAUUUCGCUUUCUGUAGCCAAUUUAUCAUGAAGUCUCUGUCCACCCACCUUGACAGUGAGCCAUAUCUAAACUGCUAUGUUAUUACUAUACCUACUAAAAUCUAGAAAGCACAGAUUGAUAUCAUUAGUAUUGCUAUGUAUAAAGUGAUUAAAACUGGAGAAAAUUGCUUCAGAACUAAGUACUCAUUAGGUUUUACAUUAAAAGUCAGAACAGCGUAUCAAAAGGUGCUUCAUAGUGAAAUUACUUAAAAUUGUUGCAUUCCAAAAGCAGAUUUUCCAUUUAAUUUCCAUUUGUAGAUAUCUUACAAAAUAUCAUACUUAAUAAAGAAGAUAACCGAAAUGCACAACAACAACAACAAAAAUCUUCAAAUUAAGAAUGCUAAAUAUUCUUACUGGGAUUAAGAAGAGAAAGAUUAUUUAUAAGGAGCAAAAUAUUUUCUUAGAAAUCUUUGAUCUAUGGGAAAAUUAGAAUCUACAUUUACUACAUUGUGAAAAGUAGAGUUUACCAUAGAAUACCUUUUUCUGUAACUGCAGCAUCAAAAAGCUGACUGAUUGAAGCCUUGUUUUAUUUCUCCUUUAAGUGACAUUUUGAGAUUUUUCUUUAAAACUUUAUACUUGUCUCUAUUUAGUUCAUCAGUAAUAUGAAAAUUUUGUUGUUUAAAAUAGUGUUUCUCAGAAUUCCUGUUAGACAAUGAAAGACAAUAUCCAAUCUUGAGUUAACAAAAUUAGUGCAUCACACAGGGUUUGGUGUGUAUUGAGAUGCAUGUUUCUAUUUCUCAAAAACAGUUUUCUGUCAUAUUCAGCAGAGUUACUAUAAUUCUUUGGUGGACAGGGACAAAGCUACAUUUCCUGGAAACAUGGAUUUGUAAGGAUUUAGCUAUGUUUCAUACUCACCACUUUUCACAGGCUAACUAGUUGUUUGCCAUGAAAACAUAUAAAACUUCAUACUUAAACCUGUGAAUAUGUUUGUCAAUUCUGCCAUCCCCUACACUGUGAUUCACUACUAACUCAUUUAAGCAAUCAACAGUCUUGCUCACCACAAUCCUGGAAUAUGUUCUGGGCUUGUAAAUUGUUAUUUUCUCCUCCUUUUUCCCUUCAAUUUACAAAUUACACUUUAAAUCUAAGCACUUUUUUUGUGUCCUGGAGGAAAGUAUCACAAUUUUAUGUUUCUUUAUUUUCCAACCGUUUUUGAGGGUACUUUUCAAAUAUUUGAAGCCAAAUAAAAGUACCAAAUGCUUUGUGAAUUCCGUGCUUAGUAAAUCUAUUAAACUAAAAUCACUUGAAAAUUCAUAUGCAUUUUGUUACAGCAAAAUUUGAUUUCUUUUAAUUUUUUUAUUUAGAAUCAGUAUAAGUAUUUUUCAUAUGGACUUAAUGGCCUUACUCUGCUGCCCAAAUGGGUAUUGGCUAUAGAUUUUUGUGGGAUUGGAUUUAAGUCAUAAUUAAUACAAGUUUUUAGUUUUAUUUUUUCCAUUAUGAUAUGGACUUUUGUUAUUGUUUGGGUAGUGGUUCAAUAAACCUUAAGCUAAAUAAUAAACACUAUUUUCAAUCUUAGAAGACAAGAGGCUUUUUUGUAUGGGAUGGUGUCAGCCUAUGUACAAUGAAUUUAAUAAACUGAAGUAUUAUCAGAUUUUUUUGCACAUUUUAGCUCAAUAAAGUCUGAAUCAACUGUUCCAGAUUUUCUUUUAUCUGUAUUUGGAAAUAUAGUUUUGUAAAAUCUGUGUCGUAUCUUUUUGAUACAAUAGAGCAUGUUUUGUUUAAAUAAAACAAGCAUUUCUAUCUUUUGUUUUUCAGGGAAGGGAUUAACAUCUAAUUCUUUUGUUUACAUUUUUUAUCACUGUUAUCCAAUGCUGAUUUUAUGUUAUUUUAUAAGUAAACUUACAUGUAACAGAAUAAGUAUCUGUAUCUAGUUCCUGUCAAUUAUGAUUAUGUUGAAAUUUACCACUGUGGGGAUAAAUGAUCACUAUUCACCAAGUGUAUUUUAAACGUGUAAACGUUUAAGAAAUAAGUAAAGUAAGGAUAUCAUUUGGGGUAAUAGGAUUAUCAUAGCUUUUUUGCCCUAGGAAACAUAGUGAUUUUAGUGUAUUUCUAUGGAAUGCAUUCAUAAAAAAGACUUCUAAAGGAAUGUGGCUGUGAAUAAAACAUUUCUCUAAUAAAAACUUAAAUUGUAUAAUAGUUUUAUAAUAAAGUAUUUACAAUACUUGAUAUUUUAAUAUCAAUGGAAGUUGCAUAGAUUCAAAUUAAAAUCAAUUAUAAAUGCUAAUAUUUUAUCUAAAUAGUUUUUCAAGAAACAGUUAUGAAAAUAUGUAUAUUAAAUGGCUCUACCAUGGAGCUUGUGGUAUUUCAACUCUAUUCCUGAUUCUUUGUUUGAUGUGUCUGGGAAGAUUGUACUUACUAUGCCUCUUUACACUACAGUUUUGUUAUUGAGGGGCUCUAGACUGUGUUCAGUUGAAUAAGAAUUUUUUCUGAAUUUUGAAUAUAAUACUUAAUGAUUUCCUAGGUAUUUUUCUUUAUAUCAUAUCUAUAAAGUCUAAAUAUCAAAUUUAUAACAUCAGUUAAAAAUAUGUGUUUCAUUUGCAAGUUUUUUUGCUUCAUGCAGAUGAAAACACAUUUUUAAAAGAUUUGGAAUAUUGGAAAAGACAUAGGCUAAAAGAAAAUGAUAGGACAGUGAAAGGAUUUUAUAUGUGAAAUUAUAUAAAUUGUGUCCACUACUUUAAAGCAUUACCAUUUUAUCAGUUCUCUCUUAGCAAUUUGGCUUUUUAUACUUUUAAAACUUAAUUUGCUUUAAAAAACUGUUUACAAUGCUUUGUAAUUAUCCAGUGCCUUUAACCUUGAUUUGAUAUAUUUGUCACCUCAGUUAUCCUUUCUAUUGCAUCCUAUGUUUUCAUAGCCUAGAAGUCAUCAAUUUUUUUUUAAUUGUUGAUGUGGUUAUCUAAAGAUAUAACCAUUACCUGUUAAUACUUUGAAGAAACAGUAGGUUUGCCUUUGGAGGUCAACCUGCUUACUCUUAGUUCAUUCAAAAAUAUUUAUUGGAUAUAAACCCAGUGUGAUGCAUUUUUAGCUCACGAAUGUACAGUUGUGAUUUAAUGAGUUAAGACUAACCUUUUCCAGCAUUAUGUCUAGAUGGGAUGAUGUGGGACUUAGAGAUGUAAGCAAAUAUGUAUUUAAAGAUAACUAGCAUUUGAGUUUGUGUAAAAAUAAGGGAUAAAUAUCAAGUUGAGAUGGAGCAACAGUAUGUUAGGUUAGAAAUAAUAUUUUGCAGCAUUGUGACCUCUUUUAGACUUUUGAAUUAGGGCAGUAGUUAUAUGUAAUAUAAUGAAAGCCUUAAUUUUUCACUUUUCUUGCUGGUAAAGGUACGUUUAAUUAGACUGUCCAUUUAGAGUAGUGUUGAACAUAAGUACUGUGAAAAACAUUCCAUUACAUAUUCACAGGCAAACUAACUGCACUUUUUUUUAAUUUCUCAAUUUAAUACAAAUAUAUUAGGCCUCAAACUUAUCUUCAUCACUGGUAUUUUAAAUUGGCAAUGAAUAUGAAAUUACUUUUUGACUGACAGUACUGUUGCUUAAAAUGCCUAUUAAUAUUUUAGGAAGAUUACAUUCUCCAUCUUUUUCAAGUUCUUAUUAAGUUCAUUCUGGUAGCCUCUGCAAUUAAACAAAUUGGGAUGUACUUUCAAUAAUUUUUUUUUUUACUUUUAAAAUUUUUGUCAUGAUUGGGGUUGAAUUUUGGCCUGGUGUUCACUUGCAAUAUAUAAACAGUUUAAUUAUGAGGUGAAAUAGUCUUAAGUAUGAAAUGUGAUGCACUUGCAUAUAAAUGAAAAUAGUGUGCACAAAGACACUUUACUAUGGGAACUGUACUGGAAGAUUUAUGAAAGCAUGUGAAAUUGCACCUAAAAUUGUGUUCUUAGUGACUAUAAGCAGCAAUGCUAUGUUAAUUGUACUUGAUGAAUGAAUGUAUUUAGUUACACUUUGGUUUAAAUGUCUUAAUGUCUUUUUAUGUGUUUGUAAUUUGUACUAUUGAUGUGGGGUAUUCUUGGAUUGCAGGGGUUAUUGUCAAUGUGAUUUGUGUUUUUAUUUUAUAGAAUCAUCUAAUGUGAUAUACCAAUUUUUAUAAGUGAUAUUUAGAUAAUUCUAAUAACUGUAUAUUUGACAUCCUAUUAAAAUGUUUUGCAUUGGAA